AUGGGUGUAGCUGAUAAAGCUGUAGUACAGCCAACAAGCACAAAAUUCAGAUAUUUUGAACCAUGGAAAAUUCUUGUUAUCCUUUUGGGCAGCACAAUUGCAGCAGCAAUCAUCAUCGGAUUCCUGACUUAUUUUUCACAAUAUGGUAUUAGAGAUCAAAAGCUAUCAUAUUACAAGGGCAACUUUAAAAUCACUGGUUUGCAAUACAAUGGUGCUUUGUCUCGGCAGACUUCAGACCAGUAUAGAGAUUUAGGAAAUUGGAUUGAAAAACUGAUGUAUGAGACAUUUCACAAUUCUGUUUUAAGACAUAAAUAUAGAGGCUCACGGCUUAUCAAAGUGAGUCCUAACACAAGUGGAGUGUUGGCUCAAGUGGUGCUGAUCUUUUUCUCCAAUACUGAAAGUGAAGUAUCACUCCACAUGGCGGUCAAUAGAAUUUUGCGGCAUAGGUUGCAGAUAUAUCCUGGAUCUUCACAUAUUGAUCUCUCAUCUUCCUCUGUUACAGGCAAGUGUUUUGAAACUUUUAACAUUGACUUAAGUGCACCUUACUGA